AUUUUGAAUAGUUAUGAAAUAUUGUUAACAAUAAUAUUUAAUUUAUGUAUUAUGUAAAAUUCAGUAGUCGAUAGGUUUUGUAAGGUAUAUUAAGGCUUCUUUUCUGAGUUCAGGUACAGUUGAGUGUUUGCUGUACGAAAGUGUUUGUGUUAGCAAAAUGGUGUUCAAAGUGGCUUGUUCCUUGUUUUUAGCUAUAGGCUUGGCUCAAUCAGCAUUUGUACCUGCGACAAAAUGCAAGCUGGAAGAUGUUCCAUGCAUGACGAAGCUCUUCCAGGACAUCACGCCAGUAUUCAUGGCAGGUAUCCCUGAGGCUGGCAUUCAGGUUAUGGAUCCUAUGGAGCUGGAGAAACUGAGCUUCGAGCUAGCUGGACUUCAGUUCACCUUGAGUGAUGGUCGUCUGAAGGGAUUGAAGAACGCUACUGUCGACAGUGUUAAAUGGGUUGAAAAGAAGAAGUCGAUGACCAUUGACUUCCAUCUCGAUGCCUCAGUCAAGGGCCACUAUACUGCUGACGGGAAAAUUCUGAUCCUACCCAUCACUGGUGACGGACAAAUGAAGCUGAGACUGAAACACCUCGCCAUUAAAGCGCAUAUCGACUAUGAUGUAGUUAAGGGUUCUGAUGACAAGGACCACAUUAAGCUGAAGAAGUACAAGUUUGAGUUCGACGUAAAGGAGAACGGUCACUACCACCUGACAAACCUGUUCAAUGGAAACAAACAGCUGAGUGAAACUAUGUUGAACUUCUUGAAUGAAAACUGGCAACAAAUUGCCCUGGAGUUCGGCAGACCUCUGAUCGAUUUAGCAGUCAGCAAUGUUUUCAAGAACAUGAACAAAUAUUACGAAAAGGUCGCCCUUGAAGACUACGCAGUUUUGUAAAUAUUCACAAUAUUGCUAUGAAAAGAGUAGCAUACAGUUGAUUUUUUGUUUGUGGUUUAAUAAAUUUGUUUCAAUUAUAUA